GGUUUAAAAAAGGUGGUUCCCUUACUGCACCGGGCUGACAGGCAGCACAGAGAGCUGCACAGGUACCCAGCGGAAGUCCUGCCAGUCUACCCCAGCGACACUUCCCCUCUCUCUGCGCGAACACUUGCUGGCGUGUCUUCGGCGAAUCCACCCAGCAUCACCGUAUCCCGUUUCAGGUUCACCUCAGCAGCUCGUCUACCGGCAUUUUCCAUCUCCCCGUCUCCGAAGAUGAUACCUGGCAAACGAAGAGCUGCAGUCAUGUCCUUCUCCUUGGCGGUAUUUGGAGCGCUCAUGCUGCAGUCCGUCUCAUCCCAGAACGAGCCGUCAAUCACCGCCUCUGAGCAAACCACACUUCCCCUCCUGGAAGGCGACUCUUUCACACUGCAGUGCAACCUGACCAGCGCCCACAGCGUCCACCAGGAGAGCUACUGGAUGAAGAACGGGGAGGAGAUCCCAGAAACGCGCGGCCCAAACAGGAACACGGAGUACAAGGUGAAAAGACCAAGAGGAGACGAUGCCGGAGUGUACAUGUGUGUCUACACCUUCGAGAUGACUCCUCCAGCCAACGCGACCAUCGAGGUUAAAUCUGCUCCUGACAUCACAGGCCACAAGCGUAGUGAGAAUAAGAAUGAGGGUCAGCGUGCUAUACUCUACUGCAAGUCUGUAGGCUACCCUCACCCUGUGUGGACCUGGCGCAAAUUCGAAAAUGGCGUUUAUAGGGAAGUUGACAACACUACUGGACGCUUCUUCGUCAGCAGCAGAGACAAUUACACCGAGCUCCACAUCGUGGACCUGGACAUUGGUUUGGACCCGGGCGAGUACAGUUGCAACGCCACCAACAUGAUCGGCUCCCGCGAGGAGAAGUCUGUGCUGAGGGUCCGCAGCCACCUGGCCCCCUUAUGGCCUCUCCUGGGGGUUUUGGCUGAGAUCAUCAUCCUGGUCAUCAUCAUAGUGGUUUAUGAGAAGCGCAAGAAGCCCGACGAUUUGCAAGACGAUGAUGACCCAGCAGGACCUGUGAAAACUAAUUCAACCAACAACCACAAGGACAAGAACCUCCGCCAGAGGAACACAAACUGAGCAGCCUGUCUGCUGAGUUUCAUUCAACAAUGACCACAUGAAGGUAAACAAGAAGGGAAUCCAUAGCCGUUUUUUCAAAGGAUUUAUCUGCAGUUUAAAGUAUGGUUGUGAAGGAGUCGAGUGAGGCAUGCCUUAUGAUUUUGAUGUGUGAGGGUGCGAGGUCAGGAGGUACGCUAAUGUUAACUUUAUAACCAUUGUUGCUGCAUGCAGGUGUUGACGUUUAUGAUUUUGACAUUUAUCCGAUGAUUUGACAUUUCUACUACUUCUAAAAUAAUGCAUGCAAGAUGUUGACCUUCUGUUUGAAGGCAGAGAUGUUUUUUUUUCUUUCUUGGUUUUUUUUUUUUUGGGGCUGCUCUUUCCUCUUGAGAGCAGCUUCAUGUAGAUAAUUUUCUGUGCAAAAACAAAACUCAGCAAUGUAAAAGAAAAUGCCACCCUAAUCUGGUAUGACAGUCGUGUAUAGUUUUAUCAUUCUGCUGCAUACCAUUUUAUAAGUUUAUCAUUUGAUCUGACUAUAUCUAUUCUAUUUAAGGGCUUUGCAAUGUCCCUCUAAUAAGUUUGGUUAAGGUUGACCUUACUGUAUGUACUGUAUGUGUUAAAUCACUGUAACAAUGUAUCAGAUCACCUAUGAUAUCAAGACUAAGACUAUUCAUAUAAUAUGAUGCACUUCAAUGUUGAGAAUAACAAACAACUGUAUAAAGCUACUUUAGGAGAUCUGUACUAAUCAUUCGAACAUGUUGUUUAAUAAUUAUGUGUAUUGUACAGCAUGGCUAUUAUCCUAUGCAACUAUUAUCCAUAUCAGUAUAUUGAAAAUCAUUGCAGCUUUUGAUUUCUAUGUGACAAAGCUUUAAACUAGUAGGAUCACGGUAGAGCGCUGAUGGCAUACAUACUGCACAGCUGCAUGAAUUCUCUCCAGCUGACAUGGGAGGCGGAGAAAAAGGCGCCCACGUCAGGACUGACACAUGUGCAAGAUCGCGACUCAUUUUUAAGAAUAAAAAUCUGGAAAAAGAGA